AUGUCUGUUCACUACUGGCCCCCCGUUAAGCCCUCCGCCAUUGCCAUUGGCACUGUUUUCACACACGUCAGUUCCUUUGUUACCUCUGCACCCAUCUUUGGUGCCUUUUUCGAGCGCGCUAAGAAGGCUGAAACUCCUGAAGAAGCUCUCAAGUCUCAGGAAGCUGCCUCUGCUGCUGCCAUCUACGGCUCUUCCCUCUUUGGCUCUGCCCUUCAGACCUAUGGUGUCAGUGCUCUUAUUAACUUGACUGGCACCGUCACUUACCAGGGUGCCUCUUACCUUGGUGGCCUCUUGUUUAUCAUUUCCAGUGUCCCCGCCGUCAUCAAUGCUACUGUCAUUGAGAAGAGACCUAUUGAGCUUGUCCUUGCUAAGGUUAUCUCUACCCUGCUGGAGACCAUUGGCCUGUCUUUGACCUUGACUUGGUGGGGAACUAGAACUAACUCUUUGAGUCUUCCAUAA